AUGACUUCGCCUUCCGCUCGGGCAUUCCCCUCCAUCAAAGCCAUCCGCACAUUCGUGGUGGAUGGGGUAGGAUCGGGAGGAGAUUAUCACAAUGUCGAAGGCGGCCACUGGCUCAUCGACACACCCAUCUCAACUCCUAUGUCGAGAUGGGAAAAGUAUAGAGCCUCCAGAACAAGUUGGGGUAUCAAUGUGCUUGGCUCGUUCUGCGUGGAGAUUGAGGGGUCGGAUGGCACAGUCGGUUUUGCAACCGGGUUCGGAGGUCCACCAGCAUGCUGGCUGGUCCACCAACACUUCGAACGAUUCUUGAUCGGCGCCGAUCCACGAGACACCAAUCACCUCUUCGAGCAGAUGUACCGUGGAUCUAUGUUCUACGGGCGAAAAGGUCUUCCAGUUGCCGUCAUAUCGGUCAUUGAUUUGGCACUUUGGGAUUUGUUAGGGAAGAUCAGAAAUGAGCCAGUCUACAAACUCAUUGGAGGUGCUACACGGGACAGACUGGAAUUUUACUGCACCGGUCCAGAACCAACAGCAGCAAAGGCGAUGGGUUUCUGGGGAGCCAAGGUGCCACUACCAUAUUGCCCAGAGGAAGGACACAAGGGUCUGAAGAAGAAUGUCGAGUUCCUCCGAAAGCAUCGAGAAAGCGUUGGAGAUGAUUUCCCUCUGAUGGUGGAUUGCUACAUGAGUCUCAAUGUCCCGUAUACCAUCGAGAUUGCAAAGGCGUGUUUGGAUUUGAACAUCAAUUGGUGGGAAGAGUGCUUGUCGCCAGAUGAUACGGAUGGUUUCGCCCAAAUCAAGCGAGCCCACCCUCAGAUCAAGUUCACCACCGGCGAGCACGAAUAUUCGAGAUAUGGUUUCCGCAAGCUCAUCGAGGGUCGCAAUCUUGAUAUCAUCCAACCGGAUGUGAUGUGGCUGGGUGGAUUGACCGAGCUUCUCAAGGUGUCUGCCAUGGCUGCUGCAUAUGAUAUUCCUGUGGUUCCACACGCCAGUGGUCCAUACAGUUAUCACUUUGUCGUUUCGCAGACCAACUGCCCCUUCCAGGAAUACCUCGCCAACUCACCUGAUGGCAAGAGCGUGCUGCCGGUAUUUGGAGAUUUGUUUUUGGAUGAGCCAAUCCCGACUAAAGGCUAUUUGGAUGUUUCCCAGUUGGAUAAGCCUGGUUUUGGAUUGACGCUUAACCCCGCCGCCCGAUUGAUUCCCGCACAAUACUUGCUUACGCCAAACCCAGAACGUCCACUUGGUCAGCCAGGAACUGCUGCUCCAAAGAAGAUUGAGGCAAAGACGGAGGAGAAGCCAGAAGUCAAUGGAAUAGUAGCAGGUAUCAAGGAUCUCGCAACGUCGUCGGUUUGA